AUGGUGUUUUCCUGGAGAGGAGGCCCAGGAGCCCCGCGACUGCUGCUGUCGCUUCUGCUCCUUGCAGUGGGGGAACCCGGGAGCUGCCAGGUCCACUACUCGGUCCCGGAAGAGGCCAAACACGGCACCUUCGUGGGCCGCAUCGCGCAAGACCUAGGGCUGGAGCUGGCGGAGCUGGUGCCACGCCUGUUCCGGGUGGCGUCCAAAGGACACCGGGACCUUCUGGAGGUAAAUCUGCAGAACGGCAUUUUGUUUGUGAAUUCUCGGAUCGACCGGGAAGAGCUGUGCGGGCGGAGCGCGGACUGCAGCAUCCACCUGGAGGUGAUCGUGGACAGGCCGCUACAGGUUUUCCAUGUGGAGGUGGAGGUGAAGGACAUUAACGAUAACCCACCGGUGUUCAGAGAAGAAGAGCAAAAGGUACUGAUUUCUGAAUCUGCCCCGUUGGAUUCUCAUUUUCCUCUAGAGGGCGCUUCCGAUGCGGAUAUGGGUGUAAACUCUCUUCUGACCUAUAGGUUAGGUCUAAAUGAGUAUUUUACUCUUAAAAUAAUAACGAAAAACGACAAAAGUAUAUUGCCUGAACUAGUUCUACGGAAGUCUUUGGAUAGAGAGGAAACUCCAGAACUUAAUAUAUUGCUGACCUCCCAAGAUGGGGGUAAGCCCGAGCUAACAGGAUCUGUUCAGAUUAAAAUAAGCAUUUUGGAUGUGAAUGAUAACGCUCCAGAGUUUGAUAAGCCUGGCUAUAAAGUAGUGCUGUUUGAAAAUGUCCCAAACGGCACGAGAGUGAUUCAGCUAAACGCUUCUGAUCCAGACGAAGGGGUGAAUAGAGAAAUUUCCUAUGGAAUCAGACUGAUUUUGCCAGUGAGUGAGAAAUGCAUGUUUUCAAUAAAUCCAGAAACAGGUGAAAUCAGAAUUUACGGGAAAUUGGAUUUCGAAGAGAAUAAUGAGUAUGAAAUUCAAGUUAACGCCAUUGAUAAAGGGAUUCCUUCCAUGGCAGGUCAUUGUACAGUCCUAGUGGAAGUUCUGGAUCUGAAUGACAAUACCCCUGAGGUAAUGAUCACUUCGCUGUCGCUCCCAGUGCGAGAGGAUGCUCAGGUGGGCACCGUCAUCGCCCUGAUCAGCGUGUCCGACCGUGACUCUGGUGCCAAUGGGCAGGUGACCUGCUCAUUAACACCCCACGUUCCCUUCACGCUGGUGUCCACCUUCAAGAAUUACUAUUCGCUGGUGCUGGACAGCGCCUUGGAUCGCGAGA